CAUUCGUGUGUCUCCUGCCCCAGGAAUGUUUUCCAAAAAGCCUCAUGGCGACGUUAAAAAAUCAACACAGAAAGUGUUGGACCCAAAGAAAGACGUGUUGACGAGGCUCAAACAUCUUAGAAUCGUCAUAGAAAAUGCUGAGCCCUCAGAGCUGAAGCAGUUCUUUGAUCUGAACUACUCCCACAUCUACUAUGUCUUUUUUGAGAACUUUGUCACCAUUGAGGUCAGCCUCAAGCAAAAAGGUCACAAGUCCCAGAGGGAGGAGUUGGAUUCCAUCCUCUUCAUCUUUGAGAAAAUCCUCCAGCUCCUGCCAGAGAGAAUCCAGAGCCGAUGGCAGUUCCAUAGCAUCGGGCUGAUCCUCAAGAAGCUGUUACACACUGGGAACUCUUUGAAGAUUCGUCGUGAAGGUGUACGCCUGUUCCUCCUGUGGAUGCAGGCAUUGCAGAGUAAUGCAGAGCGUGAGCAGCUCUGCAUGUUUGCCUGUUUGAUUCCCGGCUUCCCAGCUCCACUCUGCCAUGGGACCCCACGCACCCUGGAGGCUCUGAUCAACCCACUGCUGAGUUUAACAGAGACUCAGGUGACCCCAGAAGAGAUCACGCCACUGGUCCCUCCACAGUCAGGUGACAAGAACCAGGAAGACCUCACUGCCUACUUCCUAGAAGCACUACUGAAAUACAUGGUAAACCAGGCCAAGUCUCUUGAAUGGCGUUGUAAGGAGAACCAUGAACGUAGCUUCAGCUUCCUUUUUGGGCACUUCAGGAAAUUUUACCUUCCUCAUAUAUUUCCCAGCUUCGCCAUGGAAACCAGCCUCUACAACCCAAUACUGGACGUGCCUCCGAUGCGUCCUAAGCCGUACUACAGUGUGGUGCGCAGGGAGCAGGAUGGCGGAGAAACACUGUACUGCACCAAGGAGAGCUUCCUUCAGGCUCAAGUCAUCUUUAUCCGCUGGCUGGUUUCUUUCUGGUUGGAGCCACGACCCAACACACAGACACACAUCCCAGGAACUGAGGGAGAGAACGUCCCCAAGAACAUACAGCGAGCAGCAGCCGGACUGGCAGCUCGAUCUGCAGGCAGCUCAGAUGACAGCGGCGGAGGCGGGAUGCGGUCUGAUGGCCACUUGGAAGGGAGCGGGAGCUCGUGUGGACCAGAAGGAAGCAUUAUGGGGCUGUCAGGGGGUCCAGGUGCUGGGAGUGAGCCUGAGCAGAGCCAUUCUAACACGUCUACACUGACGGAGAGGGAACCCAGCUCUUCCUCACUCUGUUCCAUGGAUGAAGAACAGCUGACAGACAUGGAGGUGGUGAGAAGAGUACUGACCUGCUCCAGAACCAAUGUCAACUUCAUCACAGAGAUCUUUCGACAGGCCUUUCUCCUUCCCAUGUGUGAGGCAGCAGCAAUGCGAAAAGUAGUCCGUGUUUAUCAGGAGUGGAUCUCCAUAGAGGACAAGCCAGUGUUUAUGAAGGAGCCAGAGGAGGGCCCUUAUCCUGUAGCCAUGUCCAGCAGUCUGGAUUCAGGCUCUCAGCUUGGAGAUAAAGAAGAUGAGGUGAGGAACUACCCAAAUUACCUUAUUUCUACUACACUACAGGUAUUUAUUACCCACUCUUCUAACGUUUUCUUGUUGGAACCAGCCAAUGACAUCAAGAUCCUUUUAGAGGAGCAUGUCGACAUGUGCAAGCGAGUCCUGAACAUCUACCGCAGCCUUGUCAUGCAUGAGACCAUGGACCAGAAGACAUGGGAGCAGAUCUUAUUGGUUCUCCUGAGGGUGACUGAGUCGGUGAUGAAAAGACCUCCAUCCAUCAUGCCUCAGGGCAAGAAGAACAACACACUGUCAGGCAGACUGGCUGGACCUAUGUUUCAGACACUGAUAGUAGCCUGGAUUAAGGGGAACCUAAAUGUGUACAUCAGCAGAGAACUGUGGGACGACCUCCUCUCCGUCCUCUCCUCUCUCACUUACUGGGAAGAACUGGUCACAGAGUGGUCUCUCACCAUGGAGACCCUCACCAAGGUGCUGGCGAGGAAUCUGUACAGUGUUGAUUUGAAUGAGCUACCUCUGGACAAACUCAGUGAACAAAAACUGAAGAAACACAAAGGAAAAGGUAUUAGUUCCGAUGGCCAGCGGCAAGUAGUGGAUCGUUCCUUCUCUAGAGGCUGGAGCAGAGACCAACCAGGGCAGGCUACAGCCAUGAGGCAGCGAAGUGCCACUACUGCCGGCUCCCCAGGCAUCGAGAAAGCCAGGAGUAUUGUCCGACAGAAGACUGUAGCCUUGCGUAGCUGCUCUACGGGGGACUCUCUGCUGUCCUCAGCCUUUAUCCGCAGUGCUAAGAGUGCUCCUGCUCUGGCUCCACCUCUUCCUGUCCUUCUUCACCACCACCACCCUUUACUACCCCCCCUUGCCGACCAGCUGGCAGACCUUGAGGACCCGCCAAUCACUCUGACAUCCCGCACCUCUCGGAUGCGUCACUCCUCCCAGAGUGAUGAGCCCCCUCCCAUCUCCUGUUCAGAGGUAUUCCAGGGCGGGGCUUGUGAUCUGGAUACUCCAGCCCCAUCCUCCCUUGCGAGGAGCAGCAGUGCCUCUGACAUCAUGGAGCCUUUCAUCGCUGAGCGGGUCAAAGCCAAUAAAGAGGAGGUGGUCCAGAAGGCUCGUCCAGUCUCCAGUGAUGUAGGAAGCACUAACCCAAACUUCUCUGACCUCAUGGAUGAAUUCAUCCAGGAAAGACUGAGGGCCAAAGGAACAGCGGGCCGUCGUGGCAGCAGCCCAGGAAGUCUGGAGGUUCCCAGGGACCUGCCUGAAUUGCUGGAGGCAGGUCCAAGUCCUGGAUUCCGACCUUUGGAUGAUCCUCGACCUAUUGAUGAUCCGGGAGUUCCCUCUGAAUGGACAUCACCUGCAAGUGCCAGCGGUUCUGAUGUCAUUAGUUCAGACAGCCAGUCAGAGUCCUUUAAUGCCUUUCAGUACUCCACCUGCAAGUUUGAUAAUUUUACUUUCAGUUCAGAAGCUGGUGGAGAAGGAGUUGGAUCGGGGGGAGGUCGAGGCAGCUCGCUGGACCAGGACAGUCUGGGCGGGGGUGUGGCUUGUGAAGAACAUGAAGUAGCCAGUUUGACAACACUUCAUAUUGACUCUGAGACCAGCAGCCUCAGCCACACUGUCACUGUUACUGGUUCUGAGAGUGCAUCUCCAAUGCAUUCUCUUGGGGGCUCUCGGUCCCAGACGCCCUCCCCUGCUACACUGACAGCAGAGCACACUGAUCACACACACUCCCACUCACAUGCACACUUACAGCUGGACCAGAAACUCCACAACUCUGUCCUGCAGACCCCUGAUGACCUGGAAACCAGCGAGUUCCACAGUGAGGACUGCAGCGUGAUGGCAGGUGGUUCUCUAACUGGUUGGCAUGCAGAUGUAGCCACAGUAAUGUGGAGAAGGAUGCUGGGUAUCCUGGGGGAUGUCAAUAGCAUCAAAGACCCAGAGAUCCAUGCGCAGGUCUUCGACUACCUGUGUGAACUGUGGCAAAACCUGGCCAAGAUAAGGGAUAAUUUAGGUAUUUCUCUGGACAACCAGUCAUCUCCUCCACCCCCUGUUCUGAUCCCACCCCUGAGAAUCCUCACUCCCUGGCUCUUUAAGGCCACCAUGCUCUCAGAUCGUUACAAGCAGGGAAAGCUCCAUGCCUACAAGCUGAUCUGCAGGAUAAUGAAGAGACGGCAAGAUGUUUCCCCAAACACAGACUUUCUCACACACUUCUACAAUAUCAUGCACCAAGGACUGCUGCACCAAGACCAGGACAUUGUGAACACCAUCAUAAAGCACUGCAGUCCCAGGUUCUUCAGUAUUGGCCUCCCUGGGGCCACCAUGCUGAUCCUGGACUUUAUCAUUGCAGCAUCUAGAGUAACUGCCUGCUCAUCACUCAAUGCUCCAAGAGUAGAGGCCCAGAUCCUCCUUGGAUCGCUGGUGUGUUUUCCCAACUUUUAUGGGGAGCUUCCAGCUCUCCAUCCCACCACAGCUGACGUGGUGCUUACCAAGUUUCCUGAUGUAAAGGAGCACAUUAUCAAAACCAUCCUGACCUCUGCCAGGGAUGAACCCUCUGCUCCUGCUAGGUGUGUGGCUCUGUGCAGUCUGGGUAUUUGGUUGUGUGAAGAGUUGGCUCAUGAGACUCAACAUCCACUGAUUAAAGAUGCUCUCAAUGUCAUCUGUGUUACUCUGAAGUACCCCAAUAAGAGUGUAGCACUGGUGGCAUCAGACAUCCUUCACCUGCUGAUCAGUUAUGUGGAUCAUCUUCAGAAGUUCCCCCCUGACACUCCAAAGAAAAUUGUAGAGAUUUUGAUUGCCACCAUCACAUUCUUGUUGCCCACGACCGAGUCUUCCCCUCAUGAACUUGAUAAGAGGCUUGUAGUUUCCCUCCUGUUGUGUAUGUUGGACUGGGUGAUGGCUCUGCCUCCAAAGACUGUUCUUCAGCCUGUUCAAACACGAAAUCCUCCAGAGAGGGACCAGCCUACCAAGACUCUGCUCAGCUGUAUUUAUAAGGUGUUGCACGGUUGUGUGUAUGGAGCACAGUCUUUCAGCAGUGCCAAGUAUUACCCACUGCAGCUGUCAGACCUGUCAAAUUCAGAUUAUGACCCGUUCCUGCCUUUAGAGAGCCUCAGAGAACCAGAACCACUGCAUAGCCCAGACUCAGAACGCUCCAGCAAGCUACAGCCUGUCACUGAAGUUCGUAGCCGUAUUCAGCAGGGCCUGGUUUCCAUUGCAGCCAGAACAGUCAUCACCCACCUGGUCAACCACCUUGGACAUUAUCCCAUGUCUGGAGGGCCUGCUACUCUGUCCAGUCAGGUGUGUGAAAACCAAGACAACCCUUUCUGUGAGAGUGCAGAUCUUGUACCAGAGCUUUUCCAUUCACCAAACCUACAGUUUCUGGUUCUGAACAGCUCCACUCUGCUUUCAGUGCUCCAGAUUCGCUCAGAGUCUGGUGUACCAGGAGGUGGAAUGACAGCUGGUUUAUCUUCUGCUCCUGCUUGUGUUCGUGUUAUCAUCCGAGAUGUAGCUGGAAAACACUCCUGGGACUCUGCCGUCCUUUAUGGGCCUCCACCAUGCUCCCCAAACAGCCCAGCACACACACUUUUAACACACACACAGUCACCUCACAAUGCGAGUCUUCAUUUACACACUCCACCAGGAAGUCCACCAAAAAAGAUGGGAGUAAAGAGAGAAGACAAUGAGGAAGAGGGGCAGAAGGAGAGUGAGUCAGAGGAGAGAGUGAGGGGCAUGGAGGGUGAUAGGCAAGAGUUUCAGCAAGAGUGGGAGGGGGGAGGAGAGGAGAGGAAAAUCAGCGAGGAGGGGAAGGGAGAUGGAAGGGGAGUUGGAUAUCGAGGAGAUGGGCAAGAGGAUGAUCAGGAGGAAGAGAAGGAGCAUAGAGCGGACAGAGAAGUGGGGCAAGGGGAGUUGGGCUUGGAACAGCUUCUGGCUCCACCACUGGCUAAACGUGUGUGUUGGGAGGCAGUGCCAGCAUGGGAUUCACUGAGGGAAGGUGAUGAUGCACUGGAUGAAAUGCUCCAGUACCUGGGAUACUCGAGUCCUGAAUGUCUGCAGAGAGCAGGCAUGCCGCUCAACAUCCCAGCCUCCCCUCCAGUGUGUGUCUCAGAGAAGCAGGAGAACGAUGUGAUAAAUGCCAUCCUGAAGCAGAGUGCAGCUGAGAGAGAGUUUGUCCUGCAUAGAGGUGAGGAGCUGAACAUGAGGGCAGUGCAGCAGACAGAACCAGAGACCCAGACGCCACAGUCAGCCUUCUACUACUGCAGACUGCUGAUCAACAUACUGGGACUCAGCUCCUGGGAGAAGAGGAGCAACUUUCAUUUGCUGAGGAAGAAUGAGAAGUUACUGAGAGAGUUGAAGAACCUGGACUCACGACUGUGCCGUGAGACCCACAAAAUAGCAGUAUUUUAUGUGGCUGAUGGUCAGGAAGACAAACACUCCAUAUUAACUAACACAGCAGGCAGCCAGGCGUAUGAAGACUUUGUCUCUGGAUUGGGCUGGGAGGUGGACCUCGCCACUCACUGUGGCUUCAUGGGAGGUCUCCAGAGGAAUCGCAGUACAGGCCAGACCACACCUUACUAUGCCACUUCCACUACCGAGGUUAUUUACCACGUCUCCACCCGCAUGCCCCACGACCAGGACCACAAUCUCACCAAGAAGCUGAGGCACCUGGGUAAUGACGAGGUCCACAUUGUCUGGUCGGAACAUUCCAGAGACUACCGUCAAGGAAUCAUUCCCACUGAGUUUGGAGACGUACUAAUCAUCAUCUACCCCAUGAAGAAUCACAUGUACUCUGUCCAUAUUCUCAAAAAACCAGAGGUGCCGUUCUUUGGUCCACUGUUUGACGGUGCAAUAGUGGACAUGAAGAUCUUGCCCACUAUGGUCAGAGCCACAGCUAUCAAUGCCAGCCGAGCUCUCAAAUCCCUCAUUCCUCUUUACCAGAACUUCUAUGAGGAGCGAGCCAGAUACCUAGAAAACAUCAUGCAGCACCACCAGGAGCCAACCACGUUUGAGGAUUAUGCAGCUCGAGUCUACAGUCCUGCUCCCUGCACACAUCUGCCCUCUGACACAGGCUCGUGCCUUGACAUUCUUCGGGGAGAAAGUCCAGCUCUUGGGGAGGCCGGGAGCGACUCGGCGUCCCCCAUGUCUCCCCGGACUAGCAAGAGCCGCAUGUCCAUGAAGCUGCGACGUUCCUCUGGAUCGGCCAAUAAGACUUAAGCCGUCUAGGUUACAUGGACCAGUCAGAACUGAUGCUUCAUAGCACAUGAGCCAGUCAGACACGGCUUAGUCCAUGAGGAAGGUUUCUCCAGAAGAAAUGUGGUGUGGAAUUAUACAUAAAGGUUAAAAAAAA